AGUGUCUAUUCUGGCACCUCAUCAGAGAGCUAUCCUGCUAGCAAACAACAACAGAAGAUCCCGGACUACAAGCGUUAUAAUUAAACCCAACGCGAAGGUAAGAACGUCGAUAUAUAACAUAAAAAGCGGUAUUAUAGAGUUGAAAUGUCUUAAAUAAAAAGAUAAAGGGUGUUAUAUCUUAUUUUUAGGGUGAGUUUAUCGUAGAUUUCUCCGACCUUUUUGUUUGGCUUAGGUUAGCCGCUACAUUGAUGGGACUGGCUAGUCCUAGUUAGCUCGCUGCUACCAUCAGGCUCUGGAUUAUAGGUAGUUUACAUCUUUCUUUUCACGGUGUAGCACCUUGUGAGUUCAUUUCUUUCUCGUUGGGGGACACCAGACUUGACUAGGAGCGUCAGAGAAAGCCAAUUAAAAUCAAAAUACAGUGUGCGAUUAUCUUUAUUGUUGGCAGGUUUACUACCUGCUCCUGUCACCGCCUACAUGAACUGCAAAGUCCGAGUUUCAGUUCCCAACAUGAAAUGCCACAAAUAAAGAGAUCUAUAGUUAAAAAUAUGGUAGUCAGUGCAUUAGUGGUAAAUAAGUAGACGUCAGGAAAAUAUAUUUCAGUCCUGGGCCUCUGCCAUACUCUUUUAAUAAGGGCUAAAUAACGUGCUGAAGUGAAUCAUUUCAUGUGUUAGUAUGAUCUCAGACAGCCUGUUGAUCAGACUGAUUCUUUCAAAAUGUUCAAACACUCAUAUUUGAUACACUGUCAUUUCUAAUUCAUUGGGCUGAAGGGGAUAGAACAGACAGUAAAUUGUGAUUUCCCUUAAUACCAGUACACCAGUGAAUUGAAGAGGCCAGUUUCAGUGAAACUAGACCAGUACCACAACAUCACCAACUGAGAGGUUUCACUUCUCAAUAUGCAGACAGGUAGAUAACAAAAGCUACCUAUCAUUAAUGUUGCUAAGCUCCCCUUUACUGUGAAAGCGACUCCUGAGAGCACUAUUUCAAAUAAGUUACUACUAUACACAUAAGUCAUUCACAUUGCAAUGAUAUCCAAAUGACCCACCCCAGUCUUCCUAUAAUCACUUCUGUUUGUUAGUGGAUAUCUCAUUGUGUUAGUAAUUACGCUGAGAGAAUCAAAAAGAUAAUCAAGAUACAACAAUACCUUUCAAGUUAAGGUAAAAACUCCACAGGUGUUUUGCUUCUUCCCUGAGCUGGCAAUGAAUUGAUUACCGUCAAAAAACAGAAUAAAAUAAACAAAAGAUGCACCUCUCACUAAUAAAUCAACUGCCCUGAUCCAACACAUUACCCAGCAGCACAUCAGCUGCAGGCCUUUGAGCAAACAGUUUCAAACUGUGAAAUAGAGACCCCUUCUGGAAAGCCACCAUCUUUAAUAUACAUGGGUGUAGCCUUUGAAAUGAAGCUGUUUUGCUGUACUUGUGUCCUGUUUGCUACACAGUCUUAUAAUAAUAGUAAAGGUGCUGCCACACUGGGAUGUAAAAAGGUCUCAAAUGUAGGCCUCUCCUUAUGCCUUUCAAACACCAAGUGCACACAUUUCACUUUAGCUGAGCUCACCUGAAGUGUGAUGACUCACUGCAGUGGCACACUUUAUUUUUUAAACCCUGCGAAAAGAAAGGAAAUCAGAAAAAAAGAUUGAAUUCAGCGUUUCCUGUGAUCAGGUUUUUGUGUCACAAAACUAAAACAUAGCUGUUCAUCGGCAUAUAAUUUGCAAAUAUUCUGACAUGUAUUGUUUUAUCACAAUUUGAGCUUAGAUUUUUCUUCCUCAAGCAGACAAACUAUGAAAGGUGAAGGCCAAGUUGUCACAAGACUUCUAACUCACAUGCUGUGGCUGUAAUUGCAUUAACAAUAUGAUUAAGAAAACAGUGUUUGAGUUCUCUGCUGUAGGACUCCCUGGACUCCAAUAACUAUAUUUUUAUUGUCAUUUUAAUUUAUGUUGAGCCUUAAAUGUCGCCACCAAAGUAGGGACUUUUAAUGUUAAAUUGUUUUGUGAUUUUUUCAAAAAAAGAUGGCAAAACAGGUUGUUUUGAAAACCACUGACAGUAGACUUGUUAGGUGAAAUAAUAAAAAUAUAUUCAUGUAUCAAAUUAAAAGACAGCUGUAGUACAUUUCCUCCGGUCCUCAGACACUUCUAAAAGCUCAUUUUUAACCUUUAACCUUCUUGCUGUGCUUUGCACCCUGCAGAAACAUCUGCCCUCAGAGGUCAACAUGUCAAACAUAACUGUUGGCAAAGGUGUGCCUUGGGUGACUGAAGAUAUUAGAUAUGCAUUGAGCUUCCUCCUCCCUUCAACCCCUCGUGUUUGGAACUGUAAGGAAGGUUUUUGGUGUGUAAGUGCAGAGUGGAGGUGAAGCUUAGGUGCUAAUGCUCUUUUUGCCCUGUCAAAUCCCCCUCAAUGUAAUAGGGGGUCUGCACAAAGUCAGGGAUGAGAGAGAGGUGAGCCAAUUGCUGGAGCAAAAUCAAUAGUUCAUACCUCUGUGAGAUUGAGUUUUUAGGAAAGGAGGAGCCCCGUGACCGAGGGCAGAAUAUGAAAUAGCUACCACAGAGGCCCUACACGCACUGUGCAAUUGAUUCUGGGUCCCUGUACCAAUUAUACUUUAAAGGUUUGUCUGCAGUCCUCAAAGACUGCAGCUUUGGAAAUAGACACUGUGUUCACUGACACUUUGACAAGGGUUGCAAUUUUUUUUUUAUCCCCUUUGGAUAUGAGUGCAUGAAAUCCCUCCAUUUCUUCAGUCUUUAAUUUAGCAAAGAGAUCGAUUUCUUUUUUUCCUUGCUGUAGGAGAGUAAAGUGUCAAGGAAACAUCUUUGUGGGCAUAAACUCACUUUUGGAUUAUGUUCCAACGCAUACACUUUGAUGUUGUUUUGUGUAGUUUAUUUUUUAUUUUCUCUAGUCACUAUACAUUUUGUCUAAAAUCAGUGUAUAAAAAAUUCUGUGAUUUUCAGUAUCCAUGGGAUAAAUGCUGAAGACUCGCAAGCCAGCCGUAUUUUUAUUUAUCUUAUUCUCCUAGUUUUUUUUUAACAUUUAACAUUUAUUUUAAAUGUUAAAUGCAUCUGUCAAAGUACAAAACAAAGGUAUCAGUUUUUGCUCAGAUUAUGAUGAUAGAUAAUCCAAACAUUUUUCACUGAUAAAAGUAUAGAUUUUUGGGGUUAUUUUGGCUGACAUCUCUGAUGAUAUCACCUUCCUGAUCUCUGCUCAUGGCCAUUUGUGUAUUAUUUCUUGGAAACUAGAUCAUUUUUGAUGCAGGUUAUUGCUACUGAGCAAUUUAUGGGAUUACACUCCUUUUGACAGUUUAUUAUACAAACAUUUGUUUUAUGGAAGAAGCAAGUCAAAACUAUAAUGACUCUGACAGUGGUUUUCCACAAGAGGGCAGGAUCUCCUGAAGUUUGUAGUCUCAUCGGCAAUUGCAUGUACAUCCUGUCAGCCUCCUCUCCUCUGAAUCUAAAUCUAAUCUGCUGACAAGAAGGUGCAGAAAGCUACAGCAGUUUUUACCCAUUUUAAACCUGGGAUCUCCCUUAAUUGAGUGACUAUUCGUUCAUUCCUCACUAUUCUAUCAUUCCUGUAGCUGUUUUACCAAGAAGCCUUUACAAGUUUUGUUACACAGCUCUGCCUCAGUGCCAGAGGCAACACAGAGACUGUUACCAGUGCAAUUUGUCAAUAAGGUUCAUUCAUCUGUUAUCACCUCUAGGCACGUCUAUGCAUUAACAGAGAAUGUAAUUCCUGUACUGAAAGGGCAGAGUCUGCCAAGUCUAAAAGAAACCCGACAGCAUCAGGUCAUAAAUUUGAAAUGGUUUGAAUAACAAAAAACUAAACAAACAACAACAACAACAACAAAAAUAAACACAACAAAACAAAAGUUAUUACAAAAACUUAGUUUCUUGUAGAGGAAGAAACCGUCUUGGCUCUUUUUAAACUGUCUUGGUGUUGCAAUUUCAGUUCAGUCUGACUUUGUCUUUGUCCACCUGUCUAAGAGAAGCUGUACCAGAUGUUUUUUUCUCAUACCUCUGUUUGAUUCUAUCUUGUCUCCAUCUAACCACUUUGUUGUGGAGAUUUAUCUCUCUGACUGCUCCUACAGACAGCCACCUAUCUUUCAUUUGCCACCUGUUUUUUCAUUUGGCUGCUCUAUCACUUUACCUUUUAUUUUCUCUUCCUGUUCCCCCACUAUUUUAUCCUGGUCUCACUCUGUGUCUCUAGUUAAUGCUGUGUGGUUGGUGAGGUCUUGAUACAUUGUUUCUGUAACUGUGAUAAAGAAAGCAUUGUUUUGUAUAAGUUUAGCUAAUGUAAUCGUAGGCCUGGCUAACUUUUGUGAUAUAGCUAAUGCAACUCUGAUUGUGAUCACUUAUGAAAGAUAAAAUAUUUGGGCUUAAAUUGAGACAGAUACCAAAGGACAAAGGCGUCCUCUAGUACACACUUUGAGUAACACUCAAAAUGUUCUCAUUAAGGAUUUCUCUUGCUGUAAGAAAAGGCUUGUCUUUGCUGCCUGCUUUGUUGUCCACUUCUAAUGUGUCUUAGCAGUAUCACCCAGUUCCUGCAGAGUGUAAAGGGGUAUUAUUCAUGUUUGAACAUCAUGUCCACUCCAGGAAGGUGUUGCAUUGAGUAGAGAUAAGCAUCUCUCUCUGUACAAUACAUAGAUGUUCAUGAAAGUAUUACAUAUGAUGUUACAUGAGAGUUGUUUUGUACCAGAUUUAAACUGAAACUACUCUUUAAGGCCAGGGGAUUUAUCUAAAUCUGCUACACUCACAAUCCUAGUCUCCUACACCUGUGGGAGGUGGACAAUCAGGGCAAAAUGACUGUCACUCUUUCUGUGUUGUAAUGAUGCUUUCAGCUUUGCUAAACAGAGCAGUCUUUACCCUUUAUAGUGCUGAACUUUCAUCCCUCCCUUAAAGCCUAACUGCUGUUCUUACAUGGCUUAUAUGCACUUAACUGAAAACAGACAGCAUCCUUUAGACUGCUCAGGAGGUACACAGUUUGAAGGAGUGAAAAUCGGGGUGCUUUUAAUGUCAAAAUCACCUGUGGUUAUUCCUUUGCAAUUCUGCAACAGCACCUGAUAUUCUGCCAUUUAUAGGGGUAGGAAAUACGGCAAAAAUACCAUAUCAUGUAACAUCAUUUGUUACUUUUGUUUUUUCUAGCUGUCACAUUCUAGAUUUUAUGAAACCAUACCGUUAUACAAAUUACAGACCAGUACAAGCAAACUGUUUUCUCAACUUUCAGAAGACCCAGCCCUAGGAGUUACAGAGAGUACUUUUCUCAACAGAUUUAUUCUGUGUGUGCAAUUUAGCCGGCUUGUGCCAAGUAUAACCGACAACCACAGACUGUAUUUACUAUGGACAACUUUGUUCCAUCUUCCUCAAGUAUACGGAUUUGAAGUCGAGAAGCUCUCAGUAAUCCCAAGUUUUUUCUCCAUUUCCUGGAACCAACAUCGCGCAGUAGCGUUGUAUGCACUCCUCCACUUGUGGAGUAGCAUUGUACGCAUUUGGCGGGAGAGUCGCCGGGAAUUGCUGUGAUGAUGCUCGGCUCAGACAGCGUAUCCCCUGGGUGAGCUCUGCAAUCUUCGUACGCUCAUGGGCUGUAUCAAGUGUCAAUCAUAGAAAACACGAACCUCCUAAUAAAUUUAAAAAAUGGAGCUAUACAGGAAAAAAGAGGACUUGAGCACAAACCAGUCUUACAGUAACUGUAAGACAUGUCCAUGUAGAUUCUCAUUCAUCCAGGCCAUGGUUAUCUUAAAGACUCACAAACAGGCAACUGGACUGUGUAGAGUUGAGAAGACGUUUCGCCUCUUAUCUGAGAAGCUUCUUCAGUUCUAAAAAUUGCUAGUGAGAGGAGCAGAUAUUUAUCUUACUGAAGAAGGGGACAGACAACGACUGGGAGGAGUUGGAAAGAAUGGGUCGUAGAAACCCAUCUCUGGGUGUGUGUCCCCCCCGAGGCUCGUUAACCUGAAUUCGUUAACAAACUUUCAUUUACCCUGUCAGCUCAGUCUUUACACACCACCAUCCUCUACCUCCAUCUCAUCUCUGUUGCCUCCUCAGAUUAGCCCAGAUUAGUGAUCACUGGAAGUUAGACACACUUUUUGCCAUCAGAAUUAGGGCUGAGACGAUAUGCUUUUCUCCCGAUUCGAUUCUUCUAUGAUUUUUUGGAUGCCGAUUCGAUUUAAACUGUGAUUCUCUGAUAUUGUUGAUUUUCUUGAUCUUUAGUUUGCAUAUUUAACACCAGUGAAACAGUUGAAUGAUUAUGAUUGUCUGCUGACUAUUCCUGGAACCAUAUUUUCCCCAAAUAAUACACAUCACAUGUAAGUCAGUUUUUAAGAUUUAUUCUCAUAUUUGAAAAAAAAAAAAAAAUUAUUUAACAAAAAAAAAUCGAUUUAAAAAUUGUAAAUUUAAAAAAUUGCAAUACUUAUGUGAAUAGAUUUUUUUCUCCCACUCCUUAUUAGGGUACAUUUAUAUAUGUGUAAAUGCUGUGUUACUGAUAAGAGAUAAUUAAAAUCUCGCUUCAGUUACAGAAAAGUUGCGAAUCAAGAAGCUAUGAAGAACUUGUGCCUAUUUUUUGUUGUUGUUUUCUAAAGCCCUGUCAUUCCUUCCACUGCAAAGAAAUUAGCAGCUGUUGUUUGUUUGCUUCUAACUCUUAGACUACCCUCAGCAGUGUCACAGUCAGUGUGAUCAACAGGAACAGAAACGCUCAGCCGUCACUGUUUGUCACACCACAUUUUGACCUAUAGAUGAAGACGUGGAAGGCUCCGGGUGUGAGAGAACAGGGAGAUGGAUGACACGUAGGAGGAGAAGUGAAAUGGGAAUAACAGGUUUCAAACAGUGGGGUCAGAGUGGUCACAGAUUAACGGUUGAAGGGUCUGGGUCAGAAAGCUGAGUAGCAUUAUAGAGUAGUGAAAAACAGUGUGAAAAUAGUGCAGUGUGGAAGCGCUGACCUUGCAGAAGGAUGAAAAAAAAAAAGCUAACGUUUCUGGCUUGGAGUCAAGAUUGGGUCCAGUGCUGGUCCAGUAAUUUGUCCUUAUCUUCUUCAUUAUGUGUAGAAAUGAGGGCAGUACAAUAGCUGCACACUUUUAUCACGUAAUUAAGCUCACACCCUGACCUGUGUAUCUUCUUGCCUCUUCCCGGGCUGAGAAGGACGGUUACUUUUUGUCCUUCUUGUCCCCAGCACCACUAAGCCUUGUCUCAUGUGAUGGAUAUUAAGCAGGGAUAUGCUAUUUUUUAGGUAUUUUCUUGUCAUUUACUGGGUGGGAAUUUUAGUACAUUUUUGUACUAUUUAGGCCCCUAUUUAGAACACAUAGGACACUGAACAGAGCAGGAAAGCAGGAGAUAGCGUGGGGAAUGGUAUGGCAGUUUCAGCCAUUUCAAAGUAGGGCUGGGCGAUAAGCCGAAAAUUUACUGUUACUGAAAUUUAUGACAAUAGCUGACGUCAUUUUGCUCAUGUCCAUAUAUUUUCAGUGUCAAAAAAAUAAAUAAAAGUUGGUUUUGGGUGUGUGUGGGUAGGCUACGGUUUCAUGUACCUUUUAAGACGCUGUCCUACGUCAGAGAUGUGACUCCACCCCAUCCAGUCUGUAACAAAGAGAGAAAGACAGGUGAGGAGAUAGAGGACAGUUCAAAAGUUUUGGCGGCGGCUGAAGUAGACGAAGUUAAUGUGGGAGGGGAUGAGCAGUUAUCGUUAUUGAGGUGAACUGCUCAAUACAUUGUGAUAUUGAUUUGAGGCCAUAUCACCCAGCCCUUUAAUAACAUUUUCAUGUCUGUUUUUAAUCUGCUAAAACUGAUUAGCUUAAAAUGUAUUCUGAAAGCUCUUUACAGUGACUGUUCACUCUAUCAUUCUAUCAAAAUUUUUAUCCACAGGAGAUCAGUGUCAGGAGAAGAAUGGCAAAAUCUGAGUUUUAUUGAUUGGGGAACUCAUUAGUAGCAUUUAGAAAACCAGUUCAUGAUCUCAUAGAGGGCCAUGGAUCAGAGUUGAAGCUCAUAAGAACAGUUUGUGAUCAUGCUGAGAAAGUUUGUCUAGAGUUUGUGUAUUUGGUGGAGGGAAGUGUUCACACAAAUCUGCUCCGACUGCUUGUGUGACUUGAAGCUAAUUGUGUAAAGUUUGAUUCUCUCAGGAGGUCCGACCCCCACCACAGUCCUGCGAGGCAGCUUGUUUAUUUACAGUUCAUUUUUGAGACUUAAUUGCGAUUGCGGUGGGUAUUGAUCUCAGAACAGGCUUGGGCCAUUGAUCUCCUGCUGUCCCCUGACGGGUCAGGGACAAUUCAUCCAGCUCCAACAACACCACAGACCUGAAUGCAGGCAGGGUGGCCACAUGAACACAAUGAUAUUCAAUCUUAAAUGGAUCAGUGAAAGAUUCAGUGUGUGUUGCAUCCUAAUGAGCUGAGCUCUGUGUUAAAAAAAAAAUGGAAUCUGAUGUAGAGGAUUGUCUGCCUCUCGCUGUUUGGAGUUCAAGAUGGGAUUUAAUUUCCAGACUGAUCAAUUAUCACUCUCACAUUGUCUGCUUCUAGGGGGCAAACUGCUUCCAUCUGGUGUGCACUGAUGCAGAUGGACGUCAGGACUAAGCAUUGACGAGUGGAAGCGACAGAUUCGUCCUGUUCCUCACCCUCUUGCCCCCGACACCUUCUGUCACGCUGGCAAUGUCAAGAGUCCCGAGUCCCCCUCCCCCUGCGGAAAUGUCCAGCGGGCCUGUGGCCGAGAGCUGGUGUUACACUCAGGUAAAAUGACCACAACAGACUCACUAACACUGUUCUCUGUGAUCCCAAAUAAACAGGGUAUUUCACUGAGUGUCUUUCUCGUCUUCAGAUCAAAGUGGUGAAGUUCUCUUACAUGUGGACCAUCAACAACUUCAGCUUCUGUCGUGAGGAGAUGGGAGAGGUCAUCAAGAGCUCCACCUUCUCCUCUGGGGCCAAUGACAAGCUGAAAUGGUGCGUGUCAGCACUAUUAUCUCAGUUUCUCCUUUUAUCAAGCAAAAACUGAGAAAUAAGUCCCAAAACAGGAGAAUUGUCAGUUAUUUCUGAACAUCUUUAUACUAAAACCAAAACUUUACUCAGUUUGUCCUCUAAGAGAAAACUUUGUUGAGUUUUACCCAGAAUUAAAACAGAAAGAAAAUUCAGACUGAACACCAGUUAUGACUGAUGCUUAUUAUAAAUGAACAUAAUAAAGUAAGAAUCUCUGCCAUGUUGAUUUCUCAGCUAUCGAAGACACAAGAUUUGUACCAAAUCAAACCCAAUGUUUUUUUUUGCUGGAGAGACUAAAUGUUUCCCCCCUCCAGGUGUUUGCGGGUGAAUCCUAAAGGCCUGGAUGAAGAGAGCAAAGAUUACCUGUCUCUCUACCUGCUGCUGGUCAGCUGUCCGAAGGCUGAGGUUCGUGCUAAGUUCAAGUUCUCCAUCCUCAAUGCCAAGGGAGAGGAGACCAAAGCCAUGGGUAAGUUUGCCGGAUUAAACAAAUUUAUUCUGCAUGUUGAGUUUUAAAGUCUGGAGUUUUUUAAUGUUUCAAAUGACUUUGUUUGUCCUGCAGAGAGCCAGAGGGCAUACCGCUUUGUUCAGGGGAAAGACUGGGGUUUUAAAAAGUUCAUCAGGAGAGACUUCCUCCUUGAUGAAGCCAACGGUCUUCUACCUGACGACAAGCUCACGCUUUUCUGUGAGGUAAGCAUUUGAGUCCUCCUAGUUUAAUACUCUGAUGAUGUUAUGCGUGUAAAGCACCUUGGAGUUUAGGAUUACAUCAGUAAUGUCUCUCUUCCUCUGCUCAGGUGAGUGUGGUGCAGGACUCGGUCAACAUUUCUGGUCAGAAUACCAUGAACAUGGUGAAGGUCCCUGACUGCCGGCUAGCAGACGAGCUGGGUGGCCUGUGGGAGAACUCGCGCUUCACAGACUGCUCCCUGUGUGUGGCCGGUCAGGAGUUUCAGGCCCACAAAGCCAUCCUGGCAGGUAUAAAUUUUAAUUGUUUUGAGUUGAAUAUAGGGCUGGGCGAUAAAAAAAGGUAACGAUAUAUAUCGAAAAUUAAUUUCCCUGAUUAUCAAUAUGAACCAUGGUAAAUAUGCUUUUUAAUAGUCAGCAUUCUGCCAUGUUUUGGUAGACUAUAUGAAUAGCCAAUGGAAAGGGGAGUUUCUCCGGGUCCACUUCACACUGAACCAAUCAUGUGCUGAAUAAGAACCAAUUAGCAAACAACUGCAUAGUAGCAGUCUGCAGCUACAUGCAACCAGGUGAAGCCGACAGCACUAUCGGUGAGAAGAAAAGAAAAUGAGAGCUACCCCCCGGGCAGAAAUGCAGAUGAAGGCCCAACAGAUGAUGACAUCAUUGACAACACUGGCACGAAAACGUUGGUGGUGUGGAGGUAUUGAAGCAGAGUCGGACAUGAAGCAGAGUAGUGUGCACUGCAAAUUAUGUUGAGUACAUGUUAAAUUCCAUUUAAGAGUAACAGGGAACAUUAAAGGUUGACAAGUGAUUUUUUUAUAAUGUGAUACACAUCGAUAUCGACUGAUAUGAAAAAAAAUAAAUUGUGAUCAACUUUUUCCCAUAUUGCCCAGCCCUAGUUUAAUUGUUUCCUUCAUUUGUCCUCCUGAUAUCACAGUUACCCACAUAUUAACAUUUCUCCUGUGCUGUUUGUCUCUGUGUUCCUCUGCUUCCAGCACGUUCCCCUGUAUUCAGCGCCAUGUUUGAGCACGAAAUGGAGGAGAGCAAAAAGGUGAGCCCAAGCUCCCAAAGCUUUUUUUAUUCUCAGAAAUAAAUUCAUUCUGUUCCUCGGUGGUUUACCCCGCUGUGCCGAGGGUUUAAAGUGAGUGAAGGAUUGUGUGCUGUCAGACGGCUGUUUGGUGAAACUGAAUGAUAGCGCACCUGAAAUGAAAUUGUCCUGCCGUACUUGAGGGUCAGGAUUCAUCCUUCACUGACAAAGCCGCAGAACCAGAGAAUUGCUUUUUCUCAUCUGUGCACAUGUGACUGUAAGAAAUGAAAUUGCAGGAGAAGCUGCCCAGAUGUUUUCUAUUUUUCAAAACCAAGGCCGUUUUAGACUUCAUGUUGAAACUUAACGUGAGAAAAAAGCGUUUUACACAUUCAUCAAGAUUUAAAUUUGAGACGGUGGAGCAUUUCGUUAAGUGACAAGAACAAUUCAGGCUAAGGUGACAGGAAAGGGAUGCAAAUUUGAGUUGAUUGUGUGGAAAAUAUGAAUGAGGUUUUUUAUUUUUUUUAUUUUUUUGAAUUAUCUGUUUAUUGGCGUUUUCAGUUUGAACAUAAACAAAUUACAUGUUGAGUAAUUGUACAUAAUAAAUCCCCCAGUCUCUCCCUCACCACCCCAUGUUCCCAGAUCCUCUAAAAGGAAUAUAAAGUGAGAAAGAUAAUAAAUAAUAAUAAUAAGGAUAAUAAUUUAGAUAAAUUACACUAUAAGUUAUCUUGAACAUACAAUGUACAGAGAGAGUAUUGCAAAAAAAAAACAGGGUUCAGAAAGAGAAAUACAAAUUAAAUUGAAAUAAAGGGGAAGAAAAAAAUAAAUAAAACGCAAUGUUCAAGAUCAACACUGUUCACCAAAUGUGCAGAGUUAAGUACACGUAGAUAUAAGUACACUCAUCCUAUGGUAAAUGCAGCUAGGGCUGUAGCCAAGUUGGGUCAGGAAGAAUCCAAGUUUGUGAUGGUAGUGAGGUUGUCAAAGUAAGUCUGAAAAGGCAUCAGGACCUGAUUAAAUUUCUCCCUACUACCUCUCAAACUAAACCUAAUCCUCUCCAGUUUAAGAUGAAACAUAACAUCCCUGAUCCAUCUGACAUGGGAUGGAGGUUUAGAACUGUUCCAGAUCAGCAGUAUCUGGAAUGAGUUUUAAUAUAAAGCUGAAAAAAAAAAUUAUGUGUCUUAUGGACUCAACGCAAUAAAAGAUUCGGAUGAAUCCUAGCUGAUUUCUCAAAAAGUCAUUUUCAACUAGAUUUCUUCCUUCAUUUACAAAAGCUCGACUUACAUUUUUCCCAAAGACUGUCGUCACACAUAUAUUUGUUUUUGAAGUCUGAUUCAUUUAAAACUUCAACUUUCAAUCUCAUCACUUUGCACAACAUUAAAGUCCUAUCUGGCUGCAUCUACUGCCUGCUUCAGUCAAAGAAGAUAAGCUUUAUUAUACUUUUAACAGUGAAUACAACAAAUCCAGUUUUUCAUUACAGGAAACCUUACUUCCACAUAAAAGGAAAAGGUUGUACCUACUGUUUUGUUUAAAAAUUUAAGCAAAAUGUUUCUUAAAUUUAGUAAUUGCAUUGUCCAGUAUUUUCAGCCAUAUUGAUCCACUUGCACAUUUUUGUCCCUUGUCUGUUUCCGUCAGAACCGUGUGGAAAUCAAUGAUGUGGAGCCAGAGGUUUUCAAAGAGAUGAUGUGCUUCAUCUACACAGACAAGGCCCCCAACCUGGACAAGAUGGCCGAUGACCUGCUGGCAGCUGCAGACAAGGUGAAAAAUUUUAUCUAUAUUGAAUUAUUUAUACUCUGUCAUGUUGUUAUUCUGUGGUCAGUAUUUGAGGUUUGACACCUUAAUUGUUAGAAUAACUCAAACCCUGAUGUCAUAUCCUGUGUGUUAGUACGCUCUGGAGAGACUGAAGGUGAUGUGCGAGGACGCGCUGUGCACCAGUCUGUCUGUGGAGAACGCCGCUGAGAUCCUGAUCCUGGCGGACUUGCACAGUGCCGACCAGCUCAAAACACAGGCGGUCGACUUCAUCAACUAGUGAGUUCACACACAGUGAGGGAAAAAAAAACUCCUCAUCACUUCUAAUGAGGUCUCUGACACCUUUUACGGACUCACACAUCCUCCAAACUCCACAGAACGUUUUGUCGCUGUUGUGGUGUCUCUGUGUUACUUUACGGCGCUUUGUGAUGGCAGCAGGGCUCGAUCUCACCCCCUCGCUGCUUCUCUUUGUGUGAGAGUUAAUGAUUUAGUUUCCUGCGUCCUUUCAUGGAGUAGACCGCUAAUACACAUCCGAGCUUUCAGAUGGAUCAGGACAACCUGACUCGUCACUACGUGUGCUGUCACCUACCCUUCACAGGGAUAACCGUGUGAUAUUAACUCUGAGCGGCUGUUUACCUUCAUGUUCAGCUCGCAUAGUUUUCCCCUGCUCUUUAAUACCUCAUCAUGUUUUUCUUGUAAACCGAAAUAUUUAGUCCAUUAGUCAAUUCUAGUUUUUCACAGGUUCAUGUUUUCAAUUUUUGCAGAUGCCCCUAUUUGCUAGUCAAAGAAAAAGAAAAAAAUGAAUAAAGAGAAGCUAUAGAGGUAUAUUUUUUGCUCCUAGUUCUAUUUUCAUGGUUAAAAAUAUCAAAAGAUACUGUACGGCACCUUUAGGACCAACAGUAGUUUACAAAGUGUUCAGACAUGAAAACAAAGUUUUAUUCAAGAGCAAAGAAAGAACCUGGACACGAAAGUCAGAAAACAGAAUAAAGUGAUGGAAGAACUGGAUAAUGAAAUACUCAACCAACAAAAAACGAACAUAAGAUUGGGGCACAAAGUACCGCUCAUGUACACGGCUGGUCAUUUUUACAGCUUCAAUUUAGCAUCACUAUCCAUGGUGGGUUACCUAGACAACCUAUUUAUACUACACAGUCUAUCCCUUUAAUUCCAGCUAGUUUUCUCUAAUCUAAAGUGUAUAUUCUUUGUCCCUUCAGUCACGCUGCAGAGGUGAUGGAGACAGCAGGCUGGAAAUCAAUGGUGGCAUCUCAUCCUCACCUGGUGGCUGAAGCUUACCGCUCACUGGCUUCAGCCCAGUGCCCUUUCCUCGGACCCCCACGCAAGCGCCUCAAACAGUCCUAACAGCCUCACGCUGGGGCGUCUUCACCUCUUGAUACACACAACACAUGCAAACACACAAAAACACACAGAUACCCCCAUCAGACACACAGGGACAACCUUUCCCCUUGCUGUUACCUACCACACUACCUAGCCUCCCCCGAGUCUCCCCCUUCUGCCCCAUCCAAACCUGUUGUAUUGGUCUUUUCUGAAGACGGAGGUAAGAAGGAGGAGGAAGAGGAACAGGAGGACAUGGAAAUAGAAGAGAGAGGGGGCAGGUGGGCUUGUGAAGUGGAUGUAUGUCGUUUACAAAAAAAAAAAACAACCCUCCCCUCCUCUCCUCGGCUCUGGCUUAUUGAGGUCUGACAUUGUGCUCUUUCCCGCGUGUGAAGUCAAAUCCUUCAACAUCCUUCGAGUUCCUUCUUUGGAAUCGGUUUGGGAGGAAGAACUGGACACCACAACCUAAUAAGAGCCAACCGUCUACAAAUAGGGAGGUUUAAAGGACAAGCGCAGGUAAAUUUCAGUCUUUAACUGGCUAUUUUAUCAGAAGGCUUUGAUUUGGAGCAGUCAGAGGCCCUCAAAUGAUGGACUCAUGGGACUACAAAAGGAGCAGAAGUGGGCCUGUUAAUGACAAACUAGAAGCCCCCUCAGAAAGACAACCAAGGGCUAGUUUUAAAAAAAAAGCAGAAAUGGGACAAAAUCAUCAAAAUAAAUCUCCCAAAGAAAGUUGGGAAACAUUGCACUAGAGCCACAGGUAAACCCUUGUCAACCCGUACCAGCAGGAAAGUAGAAAUACUGUAGGCAAGCACACAUGGACUUAAGACCUAGCUGGACCACCAAGAACAAGUACCCUUUAACAAGAUUGAUCUGAACGCAUCAAAAAACGACAUCUGCUUCCUCAUUUCUGCUUCAUCUGCAUCCGUUUACGUUUUUUCAAACCCAAGGAGGGGAAACCAGUGUAGAGAGGAUACAGAAAAUUGCAACGCACAACCGGAUGUCAUUCUUGGGGAAAUAGUAUUUUGUCCGAGGAUCUGUCUCAGCAGCCCCUUGAGAGCAAAUAAAAUCCAAGGCGUAGAUAGACGAACCAACCCAGAGACGACAAACGAGGGAAACAAAAGAGUCAAGAUAACAUUAGAGUUCAAUCAGGCAUGUUAGUUUUCUUUUAUGACUGACUUCUUAUUUGUUUGUUCUUUUCCUCAGAAGUGUCAUUUCUAUUUUUUUCAUAGGAAUUUGUACAGACACAAGUGUUUUUGAAGCUGUGUAAGUAAACAGAAGCAUUUUCAACCGUGAUAUUGAAAAAAAAAGUGGACAGAUGUUUUCUUUGCAGGCAUGAGGACUGAGGGGAAAUGAAAUUGAAAUGAACACGUUUUAAUGUUCAGAAUCGAGCGAAUGUGAAUACAGUGUACACAGAGGCUAACCACAUGACAAACAUUUGAAGUUAUCAUUUUAAACCUGGUGGAAAAUGGUGAUCGAUUGAAGGAACCAUUGUUGUUUCUUUCCUGUAGAUAUUGCUGGUUAUGAGAAGUGACACUUAGUUGUUGCCAUUUUUUGUUCCCAAAAGAAUAAACCACAACUAUUUUGUAUUGAAUGCAAUGCAAA